UGUAGAAGAAUAAAUUCAAAGAGGGGUGUUGCACAUUGAUGUCUAACUCUGGAAUUGAGAGGUUGAUUGAGGACCUUGAAUUUAGAUUGCCAGAGGAAUCAAGUAUAACUGAUCACUGGGAAUGUGGUACAGGCAGGAAUCAGGGUUCACAUAGAUAGUGAAUUAUGAGCAAGUCUUAGCACAUAGAACAAUACUGUGCAGCCCCUUUGGCCCACAGUGUUGUGUCAAGCCUUUAACCUACUCCAAGAUGAUUCUCAUCUUUCCCUCCCAUAAAACCUUCCAUCUUUCUAUCAUUCCUGUCCCUAUCUAAGGGUCUCUUAAAUAUCCCUAAUGUAUCUGUCUCUAUCACCAUCCCUGGCAGGGUGUUCCACAUACUUUAUGGGGGGAAAAGCUACCUCUGACAUCCUCCGCUGUAUACUCCUCCAAACACCUUAAAAUUCUGUGCCCUUGUUUUAGUUAUUUCCACCCUGGGAAAAGUCUCUGGCUGAACACUCUAUCUGGGACUCUUAUUAUCUUCUUCACUUUCAUCAAAUCACCUUGCAACCUCCUCUCCAAAGAGAAAAGGCCUAGCCUGCUUAACUUAUCCUCAUAAAACAUGCUCUCUAAUCCAGACAGCAUCCUGGUAAAUCUCUGCAUCCUCUCUAAAGCUUCCACAUCCCUCUGUAAUGAGGUGAACAGAACUGGAUACAGUAUUCCAAGUGUGAUUUAACCAGAGUUUUAUGAAACUGCAGCAUUGCCUUGAACUCAAUCCCCCAACUAAUGAAGGCCAACACUCCAUAUGCCACCUAAACCACCCUAUCAACUUGUGCAGCAACUUUGAGGAAUCUGUGGAUGUGGUCCCCAAAAUUCUUCUGUUGCUCCACACUGCUAAGAAUCCUGCCAUUAAUCCUGUAUUCUGCCUUCAAAUUUGACCUUUCAGGGUGAAUCACUUAAUGCUUUGCUGUGUUGAACUCCAUCUGCCACUUCUCAUCCCAACUCUAUCCUAUCAAUGUACUGUUGUAACUACAAUGACCGACGCUAUCCACAACACCAACAUCAGUCAUGUCAUCUAUGAACAAACUUAUGCACUCUUUCACUUCUUCAUCUAAAUCACAAAAUGCAGAUGUCCCCAAACACAUUGGCCACCAUCCUCCAGGCAGAAUACACUCCCAACUAUUGCCACGCCCUGCCUUCUGUGGGCAAGCUAAUUCUGAAUCCACAUGUUCAUUUCCCUGGAUCCCAUGACUCCUGACUUUUUCAAUGAGCUUAUCAUAGGGACUGUUGUCAAAAUCUAUAUCCACUAUGUUGCCUUCAACAAUUUCUUUAGUUACUUCCUCAAAGAAUUCAAUCAGGCUCACAAGGCAUGACAUGCCCCUCACAAAGCUAUGCUAUUAUCCCUAAUCAGAUUAUGCUUCUCAAAAUGCUCAUAAAUCCUAUUUCCCAAGAAUCCACUCCAAUAGGUUGCCCACCAUUGGUGUUCUAUAUUAGCGUUCUCAAACAAACAUUUGCCACCCUCCAAUCCUCUAGCACUACUCCUGUGCCCAGUAGGGACACAAAGAUCAUCAGCAAAGGUGCAGCAAUCUCUUCCAUUAUUCCUACAGCAACAUUGGUACAUCCCAUUUGGCCCUGGGAUUUUAUCCAUCCUAAUCAAAUGUUCCAGCACAUCCUCUUCUUUAAUGUCAACAUGCUCCAACAAAACAGCCUGUUCCACACUGACCUCACAUACUCUCACUGGUGAAUAUUGAAGCUAAGUAUUCAUUAAGGACUUUCCCCACCUCCUGUGACUCCAGGUUCGUUUCCUCUUUUACCCUGAUCAGCCCUACCCUCACUCUAGUCAUUCUCCUGUUUUCAUGUAUGUGUAGAAUGACUUGGGAUUUCCUUUAAUCUAUUUAUCCAGGCCUUCUCGUGUCCCUUUCUAGCUCUCCUAAAUCCAUUCUUAAGCUCCUGGCUACCUUGUAACAUUAGAGUCCUGUCUGAUCCUUGCUUUGUAAACCUUAAUUAAGCUUCAUUCUUGCUGCUGACUAAAUAUUCCAUAUUCCUUGUCAACCAUGGAUCCUUCACCCUAUCUUUUCCAAUCCUAUCCAGCAAGUGCUCCCAAGCAAUGUCACAUUUCCAUUGCGCAUUUCCCUGAGUAUAUCUGUUCCCAACAUAUGCUCCCAACUUCCUACCUGGUAGCAUUUUAAUUGUCCUUCCAGCAAUUAAGCACUUUCCCAUACCAUUGGCUCCUAUCCCUGUCCAAAGCUAUGGUAAAGGUCAAGGAGUUGUGGUCACUGUCUCUGAAAUGCUCACCACUGGGAGAUCUGACAACUGAUAUGGUUCAUUGCCUAGUACCAGGUUAAGUAUGACCUAUCCAUAUUCUAUGACGGGAAUCCUUCCUGGACACACCUAACAAUUCUGCCCCAUCUAAACCUGUUGCAUGAAGGAGGUGCCAAUCAAUAUUAUAGAAGCUAAAGCCAUUCUGUUGCAACAACCCUGGUAUUUUUGCAUCUUUCCAAAAUCUGUCUCUUGAUCUGCAUCUCAGUGUCUCUAUUAAUAUUGGGGAGGGGGUGGAUUCGACAAAAUAUUUCCUGUAGUUCCCUUUCUGUUUCUGACUUCCACCAACACUGUAGACAAUCAUGUCCUCCCUUUCUGCAGCUGUGAUAUUAUCCCUGAUUAGCAAUGCCACAUCACCCUCCCUCCCUGUCCCUUUUGAAACAGCAGCAAUUUCUGCCCUUGUGAAUGCUAAGUCUGUAAUGGCCUCGGAACUUUUCUAAGGAUUCGGGCUCUUUACAUAAAAUAAUUGAACUACGCUGAAUCUAAUCAGACUUGUCUUAAAGUCAAUUAAAUAUCGGAAGUGAGGUUUGGACUUAAAUCGAAUCAAGGGAUUUGGAGGCUUAAACAAAACGAUAAACAAGUAACCAAAGAGAGGCCGGUAGAUAGAGGGAGGGGGCGGAAUUGUUCACUGGAUUUUGGUAAUUUCAGUUUGUUUUGUAACAAACCACCAGGGGAAUUUUGCUCUCCAGAUUUGGUUAAGUCAAUGAGAUGAGAGUUUAUGCUAUAGAAAAAAUGAUUUUUUAGGAAUGAUGGGGACACUGGGGUGUUCUGGGGCAGGACAUCGGUAAUGAAUUGCAUACUGAAAAACAGGAUGAAAGUUAAAGAAUAUAAAGAAAAUUGGGGCUGAAGUCCAAUUGACUAAUGUUUUUUUUUUAAAUAUCCACUUCCUGGAACUGGGAGUCUUUUCCAGAUUAGCGAAAAUAAACAGCAGAUAGCAGUCGGGAACCUUGCCCAUGGGUUGGAUGUUUAACCCAUAACGUGCCUGGUUUUUAAAACUUUGCGUCUCCAUAUAGAAAAGCUGAGGCGAGAGUCUAAGGUUAAUUCAGUAAUAAAAAGUAUAUAAAAAUAUAGCAUAUAAAAAUCUAGGGCACAAUGGGCGGGUUUAGUCCAAAACGCGUGUGAGAGCUACCCAGCGGUACAGCCCUGAUCAUCAGAGUCCGGACUUGCCCUUGUCUCCGGGGCUCUGGCUCUGGGUUUGGAUUGGUUCUCUCUGUGAGAGAAUUGGAUAUGGACCGAGAUACCAUUGGUUGCUGGGCAGCAGGUCUAGGUUUCGAUUGGCUGUAAAGGUAGGCCUGGAUUUGGAGUCGUUGUAGUUCAUUCGAUGAUGACGUGUUGCUGAGCUUUGCAUCUGCGUUUUGAUUGGUUGCUGGGCUCCUAGUUCUGGUUGGGAUUGGCUGUGAGAAUUAUGGGUCCCGAUUGGACGGAGAGCGAUACGAUGCAGGAACGAGGUUGUUUACAAGUAGCAAUGGAACCAGGCGGUGUGUUUUGGGGAACGGGGGACCGUGACGGGAGCCUCCCGGGACUGAAGCGGACGGUGCUCCUCCUGCACCUGCUGGCUGUGGUUGGAGCUGUCCCGCGACCAGGCUGCCUAACUUCCAAUGGAACUGGUUUAAGUGGAGAGCAGCGUAUUACGCCUGGAGUACAUUGUGCAAACUUGGUGCAGAGUGAGCAGGAUGAAAAGCUGAAUCUUUCUCAAAACAUCACAGGUGCUUCCCUAAAUGAAGAGCUAAAUCACACGACAGGAGAGCCGGAAAUGGUGAAGCCUGGGGAGAGGGCAGCUCAGACCAAAGACCAGGUGAAGAUGCCUUCUGCCAGCGAGCCCAGUGUUCAACAGCCAGUCAAUGGAAUUAGCCACCCAGUGAGACAGUCAGCAAAACAGAAACGAGACCUUGGAGUUCCAGGUCAGGUCUUGGCGAUUAUAAUGAUUGUCAUCAUCAUAGCCUUGGGAUCUGGCAUCAUACUGGGCUACAUCUACAAACGAGGUCGAGAUAUAAAGAAGAAACAGGAGCAACGAGCAUGUGAACAAGAAAUCCAUCGCAUCAUGCUGCCACUGUCAGCCUUCUCCAACCCCAGCUGUGAGCUGGAUGAUGAAAUCACCGUGGUAAUGGUAAACCCUCAGACACACACGGGAGAAAGCUGCGAGGGUGACUGUUCACUUCCAGCUGGUACUCCCGGGGCUUGAGCUCAGCACACCAACUGAGAAGAUGACUGGCUGUGGACUUCUGAUGGGAGAGCGGAACUGGGUCUGUGAGCCAUGCCACACCUCACCGGCAGAGAACUCUCCCUGACAACUGCCAGCAAGCAGCCUGACAAAUCAUGGAAUUUGCUUUUCCGAGAAGGAUCAGGCCAUGUCUGGGUAAUCGGUGCAUGAACUGCGUCUAGUACAGUAUCCAACAGCAAAUCACAUGCUGGUUUUGUUUUGUAUAUAUUUUAGGCAUGAUCUGGUUUCGGAAGUGGGAAAGGUGAGCAGCCUGCUAUGAGUGUUUUAAACUUCUAACACAAACGCUUGUGGGGAGUGGAGUUAUUGUGUGUCAAAAGUGUGGAGGGUGAUGUAACCAGUUUAGGAGGAGAGAUGAAAGGAGAUGGUUCCAUUCAAUUGAUUGGAGUUGACCUGUUUCUUUUCCUGCCCUUUCCGUUAAACCUACUGUGCCCAGGAAUCUGUUGAUAAGCUGUUAGCAUCCUAAUAGCCUAUUGCAUAGAGAGAAUUCGGGUCUCUGUGCAGUGAACACUGCAGUAGGGGAGAUCACCUCAGCCACACUCCAGUAGAACUUUCUGAAUCUCAGUGUGAUCCCUCUAGCAGCUAUGAACUCCUGCAGCCAUCUCCUCUGCAGAUAGAUCCCUCCAAGUUCCAACAAACACUUGAAUGUCUCACUGCUUCGAACACACGAACAUCCAGUCUGGAACAAAGUCCAGCAGGUGUCAGAGCACCAGCAUUACUUACCCUCUCUACUUGCUGUGACAGCAACUUUCCUGACUCAGUAUUUAUUAGGUUUUUGAAAUGUAUGUUUUUAUUUUUCACACUACUGUACAAUCAGGUCCUUCCUGCCCAAUCAGUCUACCACAUGACAAUCCUUUAUCAGCAUGUUCCUCAUCAUUAUAGUAAUUCCAGUUUCCCAACACCCACUUUCAGAAGCAAUCCUUCUCUCCCUACCCCAUGGAAUGUCCCACUCAUCACGGCCAUAAAGCGUCCUUCAUUAAGUUACAGGUGCAGGGGCGCCUCAGUAAGCUAUCUCGAGCUGAGGAAGAUGGUUUGAUAGGACUGUACCUCAGAAUGCAUUUGCUAUAUUGUUGACCCAUUGCAGAAACGCAGGCAUUGGGUCAGGUUAAUGUUCUCCAAAUCUGCUGCACCUCAUCCGGAAUGGAGGAAGACGCUCAGACAUGGAGGGGACCACACUCAGUGCAAGUGACCAUGAGACAUUCACACUGCUCCUAGCCUGGAGUAUGAACCUUCUCCAGUUCACUCCACGAGGAAUGUCUGAGCACAUGGUACACCAUACCCCUUUGGUCCUGAACAUUAGGCCCCCAGAACAAACUCCAGUUAUCUCAACCCAGGGCUUCACUACAAGCGCAAAGCAAGGCAGAUCACAUGCAAGGUGGACAUUGCAGAUACAGGAACCUGGAGCACAAAAAUAAAAUAAACUGCUGGAGGAACUGAGUGGGCAUGGCAGCAUCUGUGGAGGGAAAUAGACGCUGGACAUUUUGGAUGGAGCACUUCAUUUGGACUAGAACAAGGUUUAUAAUCACUGACAUCUACCAUGAAAAAUGUUGUUUGCUGCAGCACUACAAUGUAAGACAUAAAAAUUAUUGUAAUAUAAAUAAACGGUGUAAAAGAUGAGGUGGUUUUCAUGGACCAUUCAGAAACAGAAAGGCAAAGAGGUUGUUAAAUUUAUGAGUGUGGACCUUCAUGUUUCUGUACCUCCUUCCUGAUGGUCAUGUUGAGAAGGAGGCAUGUGAAGGUGUCUAAUGAUGCUGCUGCCACCUUUGGGUACCAUCUUUUGAAGAUGCCCUCAGUGGUGGGGAGGGUUAUGCAACCCUCUACCUACUUUUUCAUUGUUUGAUGCUUCCUGAUCUGCUGAAUUCCUUCACCAUUUUGUGUGUUGCUCCAGCCAUUUUACUGUGUUCCCACAUCACUGCCCUAGACCAGGCUGCCUGCAGCUAUUCUCUCAGUAUUCCCCCUCCCUUGAAUCACAGCUCUGCCCAUUAAAUUACACCAUGUUAAUGGGUAAUACAGAUUUUAUGAACUCAAACUCUUUCAUUAAAACUUUUAACUAAGCUGUCAAAUAGAAAAUAUUUCAUUGUCAAAGUUACCUCCUGAAUGCUGUGGAGGAGAAAAUUUUCUCUUCCAAGGCCCUCUCCAGAUUCACCUGUGUGCUGUAACUGAGAAAAUUACACACCAGCACCUUUCCUGCUGUUAAAUGGGGUGGGACGUGUGUUGGAAGUGGAGAGGGCAAUAUUAUCAGGUUGGUAAGGGAGGAGAGACAAUAGUUCCAUUGAGUAGGAAUGGGUUCGAUAUGUUACUUUUCCUGCUCCUAAGUCCCCAGGAAUCAGCUGAUAAACAGAAAGCAUUGUCUGUCAUAUUUCAUAGGAUGCCCGUCACUGUCUGGUUGUACACACUAGAGUGGGAAAACCCCACAACAUCCACCUAGCCAAGAUCUGUAACAACUUCUUCAGUUUCAGUGUAAUCACCUCAAGGAAUAGAAAUGUGGCUGUCCUCUCUUCUUCUGAUAACCCCCCCUCCAUAUUUUGGGAAGUACAUAGGUGGCUCAUCUCCAGGGGAUUCCCUCCCCUGUCCAAUGUACACUGUCUUGUCUCUCCACUUACACACACUCCUCCUCCCCAACCCCAUUGUAAACAGCCCCUGAGACAGUGUUUGAGCUGCAGGUACUGAAUGAGUGACUGCUAUUAAAUAUGCAAGAUAAAUUUCAGAAAUUGAGGGUUUUAUGGUUUGUAUUGCCUCAUUGAUUGGAGCUGUUAAGAAUUCAAGGAUAAUCCUGUUUUGUCCAGGAACAUUUUAUUGAAUAUUCUGCAAUUUUUUAUUAUGGUGCAAUUAAAGUUUUUUAUUGUUUUUAA